AUGAGUGUAAGUGAAGAUAUUGAAAUGAAUAGUGCGAUGAGUACUGAACCGAAGACAAUCGUCGAAUGGACUGAUGAGACUAGUGAAAUUGAACCAACUGCUGAAGAAUUAAUAACAUUAGAACAUAUUUCUGAUGGAAUACCGUUAGCAGCCUGGUUAAUUGUCAUCUGUGAAUUGUGUGAACGUUUCGCUUUCUAUGGUCUUUCUGGUCCUUUUCAAAAUUAUAUACAAUUUCCACCAGCCCCUCCAGGUGCUCCACAACCAGGUGCUCUUGGUCGUGGACAGCAGGCUGCUACUGCAUUGACAACAUUCUUUCAAUUUUUUGCUUAUCUUACACCGAUUGCUGGUGCUAUUAUAGCCGAUCAAUUUUGGGGCAAAUACAAAAUGAUUCUCGUAGCAUGUGUCAUCUAUAUGUUUGGUCUUUUAGUCUUAGUCUUAAGUAGUAUACCACCAUCUCUUGAUGCAGAUAUCGCUUUUCCAGGUUUAAUCGUGGCUAUGGUUAUUAUUGGUCUUGGUACUGGCGGUGUAAAGAGUAAUGUAAGUCCACUAAUGGCUGAACAAUAUACUAGAACAAAAGCAGUUGUAAGAGAAAUCAAUGGUAAAAAGAAAAUCAUCGAUCCAAAAGUAACGGUUCAAUCUAUGUUUAAUUGGUUUUAUUGGGCUAUCAAUAUCGGUGCACUAUCAUCGAUCGCUACUACGAAUAUAGAAAAGUAUGUUUCAUUCUGGCUUGCAUAUCUUAUACCUUUGGUUGUAUUCACUGGUGCGAUUAUCGUCUUAGUGGCAGGUCGAAGCCGAUAUAUUCGUGCACCUCCGACUGGUUCAUUACUUCUUCGUGCUGCUCGUGUUAUAAUCAAAGCUAUUCGAAUGCGAUCUAAAUUAGGUAAACAAGCCAAUCGCUCACAUCUUUUUGAUUAUGCUAAAGAAUUUCCAUCAUCAACUGAUCAAGAUGAACAAAAGACAAUGGCACAAAUAAAUCAAAACCAAUUCAUUGAUGAUCUUAAAAAAGCAACAAGUGCUUGUCGUGUCUUUAUUUUCUAUCCUUUCUAUUGGGUCUGUUAUAAUCAAUUGGGAACUAAUUUAGUAUCACAAGCUGCACAAAUGGAUGUUGGUCCUUUACCUAAUGAUGUCUUACAAAAUAUUGAUCCACUCGUUUUGAUUAUAGCUAUUCCAAUCUUCGACAGAUUUAUCUAUCCUACUUUACGACGAUUAAAAAUUAAUUUUUCGUCGAUUUUUCGUAUAACUGCUGGUUUUUUUUGUGUUUCCAUUGCCAUGGCAUGGUCAGCAGUUGUUCAAGAUCGAAUCUAUUCUACUGGACCAAACUACAACUAUCCUAACGGAACUUUGGACAUUCCACAAAAGUACAAUGAUAUCGUUGUCGCUUGGCAAAUUCCAACAUAUUUUUUCAUUGCUCUCUCUGAAAUCUUCGCAUCUAUUACUGGUCUCGAGUAUGCAUUCACACAAGCACCAAGUUCAAUGAAAUCUAUUGUCAUGUCACUUUUUCUUGUCACAUCAGCAUUUGGAAGUGCUCUAAAUUUUACGCUUAUACCAGUGACAGUUAAUCCGAAACUUCUGUGGAUGUACGCAUCAUUAUCAAUUAUGUCAUCUAUCGUUGGAAUUAUAUUUUUUCUUGUUUUCCGAAAUGAACAGAAUGUACGUGUAGUGCCAGUAUCUAAUGAAUAA